CGAAGAGAGAACACUUCUGCUGGUUUUCAAGCGACAUGGCGCUGUGGCCACUGCUGCUGAUCAGCCUAGGAUUAUGGCUACUGAUCCGUAAAUGGCCACUCCUGCGGCUGGGCACAAGUCUUCCCGGUCCCUGGGCAUUUCCACUAUUGGGAAACGCCCAGAUGGUGGGCAAACUGAAGCCAGAAUUCAUCUUCCUGGUUUUCACGGAGUUGCGGGAUCGCUUCGGGGCCACCUAUCGCCUCUGGCUGGGUCCGCAGCUCUGGGUGUUUCUUCACUCGGCGGAGGAGACACGCCAGGCCCUCCAUGAUCCCACGCUGCGCAAAGCGGAGACUUUCCUCCAGCUGAAGCCACUCAUCGGCAACGGACUGCUCAUCAGCCACGGAACACAUUGGACCAGGCAGCGACGCCUCCUGGCUCCCGCCUUUCAGCCGCAACUGCUGCGCAGCUUUGCCCCGGAUAUUGCUGGUCAUGUGGAGCGCCUGGUCACCCGACUGGCGGCCACCAAUGGUGCCCCUCUGGAGGUCACCGAUUCGCUCUUUGCCUGCCUUCUGGACGCCAUAGUGGCCACUUCAAUGGGUGCCCAACUGGACACACAGUCAAUGGAUCACUCACCCAUAAUCAGUGCAUUCCAUCUCAGCAGUAAGUUCCUAUUCAAACGGAUGAUCAAUCCGCUCCUGGCUUCAGAUUGGAUCUUCCAUCGCACCAAACUCUGGCGGGAUCUCAACGCGCAGUUGCAGGUGAUCCACAACUUAAUGGAGUCGGUGAUCGAGAAGCGGGCCAAGGAGCUGGAGGAUCACGGGGAAGCUCCAGGAAAAGCCCACAAUCUCCUGGAUUCGCUUCUUCUGGCCAGAUUUGAGGGUCAGCCACUGAGCAGAAAGGAAAUUCGUGACGAAGUCAACACUUUUGUGUUUGCGGGAGUGGACACCACAACGGCGUCCAUGUCGUUUGUUCUUUAUGCACUCGCCAAAUAUCCGGAAACGCAAUCACGUCUGCGGAAGGAGCUGCUGAAGUUACCGGUGACUGGAUUCUCUGACCCGGACACCCUCAACGAGCUGCCCUAUCUGGAGGCUCUGAUCAAGGAGGUGCUGCGUCUAUAUACCAUUGUGCCCACCACUGGACGACAGACGACGCAAUCCACAGAGAUCGGAGGGCGAACCUAUUGUGCGGGCGUCACACUAUGGAUUAAUAUGUAUGGACUGGCACACGAUAAGCUCUACUAUCCGGAUCCGUAUGCCUUCAAGCCGGAACGGUGGCUGGAGGAUGGCGGUUCCGCCCCACCCGCCUUCAGCUAUAUCCCCUUCUCCGGAGGACCGCAUGUCUGCAUCGGAAGACGGUACUCACUGCUGCUGAUGAAGCUUCUCACCGCCCGCCUCGUCAUGGAAUUCGAUCUGGAACUAAGUCCGGAGCAGACUCCCCUCAAGCUGCAGGCCCAAAUGGUGCUCAAAGCACAAGGGGGCAUACAUGUGUCAUUUCUGAAACGAUAAAAACCAUAUUUCAAAUUUAACAAAAUAUCUAAAUUGUUUCCCUAAAAUAUUUUUAUACCAGUUAAGAAGUGUAUUUA